AUGUCGUCCUUAACUUGUUUAACGUGUAGUGUUGCAUUUCAAGAUACUAACCUGGGCCGUCUUCAUUAUAAAACAGAUUGGCAUCGUUAUAAUCUAAAACGAAAAGUUGCUGGUCUAUCCCCAGUUACUUUGGAGAAAUUUGAAGAGAGGCAACAACUCCAGGAGAAACAGGAAGAAGGAAAAACUUCACAAGAUACAAGUUUUUGCAAACCUUGCAAUAAAUCCUUCAGUACUGUCAACUCCUAUGAAAAUCACAUUCGUUCGAAGAAGCACAUUGAAGUCAUCUCUGGUGCUGAGAAACCAAAAAGGCCCAGUAAACAACCUAAGAGUGUUGCAAGUGCCUCAAAACCAUCAGUGAAUGAGAAAGAGGUCAUUGAAAACACAGCAGAAGUCAUGGAAGAAGGUGAUUCAGAUGCAGAAUCCUGGAAUAGUUCUGAUGAAGAAGCUUUUGGUCUUGAAGAGUGUUUUUUUUGUUCCCUGGUCAGCUCUUCCAUGCAGGAGAAUGUAAACCACAUGACAGCACAUGGAUUCUUUUUACCUGAUGCAGAAUAUGUUUGUGACCUGGAAGGUCUUGUAACAUAUUUGGGUGAAAAAGUUGGAUUGGGACAUCUUUGUUUGUGGUGUAAUGAGAAGGGCAAGAGAUUUCAUAGUACAAAAGAUGUACAGAAGCACAUGAUUGACAAGGGCCACUGCAAGAUAUUUUAUGAAGGAGAUACCAUAUUUGAAUUUUCUGACUUCUAUGAUUACACAACCAGCUAUCCAGAUGGCAAAGAUCAGCAGGUGGAUCCAAAUGAAGUGGUUAGUCUGGAGGAGUUGGAUGGAGAUGACUAUUCUCUUACUCUUCCCUCAGGCAGCGUGAUUGGACACAGGUCACUGAUGAAGUACUACAAACAGAAUUUGGUUCCUUACCUGCGUGAACCAACCAAGAAAGUCCUUCCAAAGAUGCUUGCUCACUAUAAGGCACUUGGCUGGACAGGGUCAUCAGGUUUACAAGUGGAACAGAGAGCUAAAGAUCUUCAGUACAUGCAAAGAAUGCGAAACAGAUACUUCACUAAACUGGGUUGCCGUGGAAAUAAUUUGCGUCACCAUUUCAGAGAUCCAAAUGGUUUGAUCUGA